AUGGCAGAAGACAGCUUCUUUGUAAAGAAAUACAACCACACUCAACUUGGUGCUUGUGUCUUCACGGCCGAGGCAGCAAGGGAGUGCAUCAGCAACAUGCCUGGCAGCACCUCAGCGUGGUGCACUGAGAGUGUGUCAGCUUCCGCAGCAACGCUGACCGCCCAGCAAAGGGCCCUGCUGGACAUGGCUCGAAGUCUUGCGGGGUUACACUCCCGCAGGUUGCUCAGGUGGCGGUGGUGGACUGGAUCAGGGGUGGGCAAAACGGGGGUCUCAGGCGGGCUCAAGUUCCCGCUUCACUUGGGAGCUCUCGACUUUCUAGAGGAGCGCGGGGCUGCUCCUCGAGCUUAUGCUGGAAGCAGCUGUGGGGCAGUCGUGGCCGCACUCGUAACAGCUGGAUAUCGACCCAGUCAGCUCCACAAGCUGUGUAAGGCACGGCCUUUAAGCAUGUUCCAAGUUUCCCCUCAAAAGUGGGGCAUGUGCAAGCCAGCUGGGAAGGACGAGGUCAGGGACCUCUUGAGAAAGAGGCCCAGCUGCCGGAAGCAGGGCAGCUCAGACCCCACCUUUCGAGUGCUUAAGGAAGAAACGGGUAAAGACCUCUUUGUAACCGCGAUGCGAGUCCGUGACGGCAAGUUGGUGAUCUUUGGUGCAGAAGAGGCCACCAUGGACCUUCCGAUACACGAAGCUGUUACAGCCAGCUGCAGCAUCCCCUUCCUGAACCCUGCCAUCGAGCUGGAUGGAGAGUUGUACUUGGAUGGAGCCCUAGGAGCUUAUCUGCCCAUGCGGGCUUUUGAACACAUCGAAGACAAGCAAACUGUCACCGGUCUCAUGAUAUGCAAUGCAAGGGAAAGAGAAACGCCACUAACAUUCGAAGAGUACAGCAGCUCUGUUGGAAAUAUCGUAUUAGAAAGACUCAGUGAACCCCAGAAAGCUUGGGAGAGUAACAGGACUAUUCAUUAUGAUGCAAAUGAACUUGGAGUUUUCGAGAGCCCUAAUGCAGGCCUAGCAGACAUCAUGUUCUCCAGAGGACGCAAUACUUUGCAGAGAUGGGCAGCUCGACACCACGUCUAA